AAAAAUUAAAAAUUUGGUCCACACUAAUACUUUAUAGUAAUAAUAAAUUUGCAUUAUCAACCAUUCAACCAUAUUAAAUAUCUCUCCUCAAAUAAAUUAAGAAACCAACCCCUAUUCAAUCCUUUUCCAAAAUGGAAAGAAUCAAUCUCAUAUGAGCCACAUAAUCUGUCCCUACAAUAAGAAGAGCUCCUUCAAUUCUCAAUUUUAUUAUUGAUCGAUAAACUUAACUAACCUAUUUCGCACGAUUAGUCUCAAAUCAAACCUCAACUUGUUCGAUUCAACUCGAUCAACCAAAAUGUUAGAGCUAGCAGAAGACGAGGUGAAGAACUUCUUCAAGGUAUGGGCAAUAGUUUUUGCAUCUUUAAGCUAUUGUUAUUACAUAGGCAAGCUAAUUAAUCCAAAAGGUUAUACAAGAUUAGUAGCAAUAAUCCCAAUUAUUACUCUCUUUUUAGCACUUCCUUUAAAUCUCACAUCUUUUCAUCUUGGUGGUAUGACUUGUUUCUUUAUUGCUUGGCUUGCUAAUUUCAAACUCUUGCUUUUUGCUUUUGAUAAGGGCCCACUUUGCGCUAAUUCUUCAAUCUCAUUCGCCAAAUUUCUUGCACUUUCUUGCUUACCCAUCAAAAUCCAACACCCACCUCAUAAAAAGUCAUUAAAAUCACACCCAUCUAUUUAUAAUUACAUCAUUAAAGGGAUACUUUUAUGUCUAAUAAUUAAAAUCUAUGAUUAUGGUGAUUACAUUCAUCCAAAAAUCAUAUGGCUAAUCUUUUUCUUCCACUCCUAUUUUACCAUAGAGUUAGUCUUUGCAUUCCUAGCAACAUCGACUAAUAUUUUGUUAGGGCUCGAACUGGAGCCACAGUUCAAUGAACCCUUAAUAUCAACCUCAUUGCAAGACUUUUGGGGUAAGAGAUGGAAUAUCAUGGUGACAAGGAUACUUAGGCCUACGGUGUACCUUCCCACACUAGAGUACUCCACUAAGGUCGUUGGACGCACGUGGGCCACACUUCCGGCGGUGAUGUCCACGUUCUUUGUGUCAGCCAUUAUGCACGAGCUCAUCUUCUACUACUUGGGGCGCAACUGGCCCACAUUCGAGGUGACGUGGUUCUUUCUCCUGCAUGGAUUAUGUCUCUGUGUUGAGAUUGUCGCUAAGAAGUUAGUUGGUGGGAAAUGGAGGAUCCCACGGUGGAUUUCCGGCCCUGCCACGGUGUUGUUUGUGGUGGGUACUGGGUUUUGGCUGUUCUUGCCGCCGUUGUUGAAGGCUGGGUUGGAUACUAGACCGUUUCAAGAGUUUGCGGCCGUUGCCAAGUUUGUAAGGAGUUUGAAGGCAGCUCUCACAUUUUGAGUAAUUCUGUUUCUUUUGUUGCAAACAUUUGAGUAGUUCUGUAGUUGCACAUUUAGCUUGUGAAUUGUAAUUAAUUGGUAUGUAACGCAAAUGUGCUUACACGACUAACACGAGGAUUUACUUUA